AGCAGCACGCACACCAGCAGCUCUCCCGCCAGGUCAGCCAGCGCCGCUCCAUAGGGGCACCAGCGAGUGGGCUCCCAGCGAGUGGGCUCCCAGCGAGUGGGCUCUCAGAGAGUGGGCUCCCAGGCGACCCAACAGUGGGGGGAGACACACAGACAGCGACUGCAGGCGAGAUGGGGGGAACACUUCAGACAGAAGGAGGUCUCGGUCCACUGGGUCUCUCGAGUCCCCCUUGCCCUCUGGCCCCUUUGGUAGCCCCCCAUGCAGCUGCCUCCCCCAAUAGGCCGGGAUCGGGAUCAAGCCCCCUUCCCUCGCCCUGACCCCUGGACACCAGCUCCUUAGGCAGCAGAGCGCAGCACCGCAUCACAGCAUCACACCGCAUCGCUGCGCAACAGGCACACAGAGCAUGGAUCGAGAGGACCUUCCAGAAGAGAGAAUGCAUCUACAUCUAUCCCACCAAGGACCCAACCAGGUGCUACUGUGGUCAGCUGAUCAAUCUGCAUGUGGCCAUCCCCAAGUCGAAGGCCAAGGAUUCGGACGAGAUGGUGGUGCAGUUCCCGCCCCCCACGGAGAAAUGGGCCCUGAUGAAGCACACGCACAACUUCCCCAUCGAUGCCUACGGCACCAUCGAAUUCCAGGGGGGCGGCUUCGUCAACAAGGCCAUGUACAUCCGUGCGUCCCACGACACCAAGCCGGAUAACCUGCUGCACCUGAUGGUGAACCAGUGGGCGCUGGAGCUGCCCACGCUGCUGAUCUCGGUGCACGGCGGCCUGCAGAACUUCGACAUGCAGCCCAAGCUGAAGCAGGUGUUCGGGAAGGGCCUCAUCAAGGCAGCCGUCACCACCGGAGCCUGGAUCUUCACCGGCGGAGUCAGCACAGGUGUGAUCCGACACGUGGGCGAUGCGCUCAGAGACCAUUCCUCCAAGUCCAGGGGGAAGGUGUGUGCCAUCGGCAUUGCACCCUGGGGCAUCCUGGAAAACAAGGAAGAUCUGCUCGGCAAAGAUGUGACGAAACCGUACACGGCCAUGUCCAACCCGCUGAGCAAGCUGGCCGUGCUCAACAACAGCCACUCCCACUUCAUCCUGGCCGACAACGGCACGUGCGGCAAGUACGGCGCCGAGGUGAAGCUGCGACGACAGCUGGAGAAACACAUCUCCCUGCAGAAGAUUAACACCCGUCUGGGCCAGGGUGUGCCUCUGGUGUGCCUGAUCCUGGAGGGCGGCCCCAACGUGAUCUCCAUCGUGCUGGAGAGCCUGAGGGAGGAGCCUCCGGUGCCCGUGGUGGUCUGCGACGGCAGCGGCCGCGCCUCCGACAUUGUCUCCUACGCGCACAAGUACACGGAGGAGGGCGGGUUGAUCACUGAGGACGCCCGAGACCAGCUGAUGGUGACGAUCCAGAAGACCUUCAACUACAACAAGAGCCAAUCACAGCAGAUCCUCCUCAUGGUCAUGGAGUGCAUGAAGAAACGCGAGUUGGUGAGUAAACACACACACUGACACACGUGGAGACAUUUUAGUACACAUAG